CCGUAGUCGAAGGUCAUGUACACCGGUGUGUGUGUUGGUUACACAUGACAGGAGUUAUGAAACAAGAUGAUGUAAAUACAUCUAACAUUGAUUGAAGGCACUCGCCAUCCUUUGCUGACUGUUCACAGCCACAGACAUUCUGGUAAAGUUAGUUAUCUCAAGGAGGCGAGAUGAGUGCUACCUGUUUACUGAACACGGCCGCUAGAAACCUCUUCUCUUCUGGAAUAGCAGGUUUUCUUCGACCGGGCACAUUGUAUUCCUGCACUUUCUCAAGACAAAUGACGACGCCUGGAAGGGUUGACCACUUGCAGAGAACGGCCAGUAACUUCAGACAAAUGGACGUCUUCCCUGCUCGUGUGUGUGGUAUCAUCAACGAGUCGGCGUCUAUCCGCAGACUGCGUCUGGAGGUACCGGACCCCAACUUCAGCUUCAGAGCUGGACAAUGGGUUGAUUUCUUCAUUCCUGGGAUGCAGAAAGUGGGGGGGUUCUCCAUGUGCUCGGCCCCUGGUCUGCUCCAGAGGGAAGGCGUGAUCGAGCUGGCCGUCAAGUUCACAGAACAUCCCCCUGCACACUGGAUCCACACCAAGUGUGCGUUGGGCGCCCAGGUGGCAGUGCGAGUGGGCGGAGACUUCUACUUUGACCCCACCCCUGACAACAGCCCAUUGGACCUGCUUCUGAUUGCCGGGGGCGUGGGGAUCAACCCCCUCUACUCGAUGCUUCUACACGCGGCAGACCUGAAGCGCCACUCACACACACACACCACUGACCGCACAUACACACCAGGACACACACACCUCCUCUACAGCGCCAAGAACACACAAGAGCUGCUCUUCAAGAGCUCAAUCAUAGAGGUGUGUAAGGAGUUUCCUGAGACAUUCUCCGGCAACUUCCACGUUACGCAGCAGACAGCAGAAAUUGAGCAGGAGCUUCAACCUUACGUUAGAUACGGGCGGAUAUCAGAGGCGCAGCUGGAGCAUUGUUUGAGUGAGCGGACGUUCUGUUACCUUUGCGGUCCUCCGCCCAUGAUCGAAAGCGUGUCGAACUUUCUGCGCUCAAAGGGCCUCUCCGAGGAUCGCAUCCGCUAUGAGAAGUGGUGGUAGAUCCUUCCCAGAACCCCUUGAGAACCGGACCGCAUCGGACCCAUCUGGGUCAGAACCCUGACCGCUGCUGCCUGCUGCUCUACGCUGGAAUCAGGCCAUACACAACAACAACAACAACAACAACAACAACACUCAAUGUUUCCAUGGAGACCCUCUGGGGAUGAUGGACGUGUCCUGAGAUUAUUCUCUGGACGGAAAAUAAGACACACAACUUCACAUUGGAACUUUUUUUUUCUCUCCUGCCUUUUCCCUGAGUCUGAGUGCAGUUUAAGUCUCCAGCUUGUAGAGUACUGCAUGCUUUAACCUGGAUCUGGGACUGCCUACCUAGCGCAGGAACAGAGGAGAGAGGACGUCGCCAAGCAGCUUUUAAUCUGUGUUUUUAUUCUUUUGAUUUUUAUUACACUCAGAAAGCAGAUGCUCAGAUCAGCUCAGUGCUCUUUGUACAGAUGGACUCAUGCGAGAGGAAAGUAUUUAUGGAACAUUGCACAUAGAAAUGCAGUUGCUGUAAUGUUAACAAUGAACUUCUCCAAGUUGGGUUUUUAAAUAUAAGACAAUUGUGGGCCA